UCACCUUUUCCUUUACAGACGGUGAUCUCACCUCCCCAUUUCCGAUUGGAUUGCUAUAUUUAGGAAAACGCCUUACGCUUUAUAAAGAGAUUGCUGUAGUUUGUGGCAAAAGGCUCCGGAGUUAGUGGAAAGGACUGACUUGAGGGACGAGUUUGACCAGUAUCUGCUUAGAGUUUAAAAGCUACUGGACUUGACACGACUAAAUAUUUACAACUGCCGACUUUGGACUGAGCCGCGUUUGAGAGGGAGAACUGGGAGAGGCAGCAAUGGCAGACAUACGAAAGAAACUUGUCGUGGUGGGCGACGGUGCAUGUGGGAAAACAUGUCUACUGAUAGUAUUCAGCAAAGACGAGUUUCCAGAAGUGUAUGUCCCGACUGUGUUUGAGACGUACGUGGCGGACAUAGAAGUGGAUAACAAGCAAGUCCAGCUGGCUUUGUGGGACACAGCCGGACAAGAGGACUACGACCGGCUGCGGCCGCUCUCCUAUCCGGACACCGACGUCAUUCUGAUGUGCUUCUCGGUGGACAGCCCGGACUCGUUGGAAAACAUCCCUGAAAAGUGGGUCCCUGAAGUGAAACACUUUUGCCCGAACGUACCCAUCAUAUUAGUGGCCAACAAGAGGGAUCUCCGCAACGACGAGAACGUGAAGAAUGAGCUGUCUCGGUUGAAGCUGGAGCCAGUGAAAACAGAGGAUGGCCGGGCCAUGGCCACGCGCAUUGGCGCAUAUGACUAUUUGGAGUGCUCAGCUAAAACCAAGGAGGGGAUCUGGGAAGUAUUUGAAACGGCAACACGGGCAGCUUUACAGAAACGACAAACAACCACAGGUGGCUGUUUCAAAUGCUGUGUUUUAAUGUGAACUGACUCUGGCUUGGGCGGGGGGCUACUGGGACGCGCAAGAACAGACGUUUCCUGCGUUGGGGUCCGUGUCUGGGCAUGUGAGGGCAGUGACCAUUGUUCGGACACUCCCUCGAAGUCGGAUGCCUUUGCUUGAACCAAAACCGAUGACUGCAAACGGAGCUGAUUGGAACACACACGAAUAUCUGAUGGCGGGUGUAAUGUGGGGGGGGAAUACACUGGUUAUGGCAUGUUGGCAUGUUCUUUUUGGGGUCACAUGAUCCCAGUCUGACUGAAAAAAAAAAUCACAAAGCGUUUGAUUUCAGUGGGCGACUUUUCAAUCCCCUUCUGCAUCUUCUCGUGUAGACGAGAAGGCCUGCUGGAGAGUCGAGAUGACUCUGCUCUCUUUUUUUGUGUUUUAAAGUUUGCAUAGGCCACAAGCCUUAUUGCCAAGGUUAUACUGUGUAACAAGUAAAAGCAAGAAGAACAAAUGCACUGUUAUUUUUAAUAUGAGGUAAUUGAAGUUUGAUCUUGCACAAGACCAGGAUGCUACAGCAACUCAUAGAAAGAAAGAUUGUUAAAACUACAAGUCAUUGCCAACUUGUUGUUGUUUUUUUUGGGGGGGGGGUGUUUGUGAGCACAGCUAAAAAUAACGUAUAAUUUUGAUUCCACAGUAUUAAAUGUCUUUUUCCCCCUUCAAAUUAUGCAGCAGGUUAGAUUUGAUUCAAGGUUGACAAGACUACACCUGGACCAGUCUUGAAAAGGGCUAACCACAAUGUCCUGUAGUUUUGCAGGUUUUCAGGCAGAAACUCUGUCAGUAUUAAGUGGGAGUCACGUUUUACAACUUUAGUUUUUUAUGUUGCUAAGCAUGCUUUUACACAAGUUUUAACUCAUUUUGGCUAAUUUAUACAAACACAUUGUCCUCUGUACAUAUAUUUCUGUACAGCACAUCUGAACAGCAUCUUUUGAAGCACAUACAGUAUAUAGUCCCAUUUCCAUCCAGCUGUCUCCGUUCUUUCAAACACAUGGGGGGGAAAAAACAGCUUGAAGUUUUCUGUUUGGGCACAGCUUCAUUUAGAGUGGCACGGAGGAUAUUUCCCAGACACAAUUAAGCACUUGAGACGGUGUGGCAUGUGAUGGCCUUGCUCGGUGAAGGGCGUUUUCUCAAAGUGUCAUGAAACUGCUGUUUAUGACCCAACAGCACACGCUCAUGUGGGAUUAAGCCAUCCGAUGGCAACACUUUAUUGGAAGUGUUUCAUGCAAUUCUAUUAGUAGAACACUUAUGUAAUAGUGACACACACUUAAACUAAAGGGCUUCCCUUUGAUUAUUAAAACAUGAGAAAACGGUAAAUGUGAAGUACUAAUGAUUAUAGAGCUGUUAAACUGAAUUAAAUACAAUUGAGAAAGAGAAAGUUUUUUUUUUCUUUUUUCCCUUUUUCUUAAAAUCUCAAUGUCUUCCAUUAUGACAGUGAAUGUACCUUAAAUUUAUGUUGUCAAAAAAUGUUACUGAAAGCUAAAAUCAGUAUAUUUUGAGCUGACUUUUUUUUUUCAUUCUUGUGAAAAGGAUUCAGAUUUUCUUUUUUUCUUUCAGUGUCUACAUAAGUGUUGUGUAACUGUCCUCUUGCUUGAUAGUGGGAGUGUUUGUUCAUAUGACUGUGAACAUCAGUUACAGAGACUGUUGUUAAGGGUGUAACUCUUACUGUUCAUGUUUUGCUCUUUUUACUUGUUAUUGGAAACAAAAAAAGAUGGAUUUUUUUUGCUUUAAACACUUUGUGUUUUACUAAGAAACUGCGCUGCAGGCACAUCUGUGUUUAAAAAUACUUUCCAGUCGAAGUUACAGUGGCAUUUAAAAGUCACAUUCCUCCUGUCUGCUGUCUGUUGCUGUCUUUUUUUUCUUUUUUUUUUUUGCUGACAUACAGCACAGGAAUGCAUUGUGCUGGACUGGUUAAUUUCCCACACUGGCCCCCCUCAUGUGCCUCUGAUUUGCAAUGAUUUUAGGUUAGUAUUUGUGAUAAGAUGGUACAGUUUGCGUCUCCUCAUACAAAAGGAAAUUGUGGAAUAUGCCAAACCUAUCUCUUUGUAAGAGUUUAUUUGAUGCCAUUGGUGUAAUUACACAAUGCUUUCUGUGGAAGAAUGGUACAAUUAAAAGAGGGGGGAAAAAAACAGAAUGUAAGGGAACAAGUGGUACUGUUCUGGGAAAGUCAAUAAAAAAAAAUCAAUGUGUUUCACUAA